AUGCUCUCGCAACCGAGGUCAUUAUUUGCCUCCACCAACCUUACUCUCCCACUCGUCCUCGUUCUCCUCCUCGCCAUCGUCAGGCCCUCUAUCGCACAAUUCCAAAACAAUUUCGACGGGUAUCCCUCAGGCACACAGUCAUGUCUGUACCAGGCCGCCAACAGCAGUGGCUGCGAUGGCGCUACGUCCCAGGCCAUGAACACGUGCCUUUGUAGCAACGGGGGUGAUUUCGUUACCAAUUCUGGUCGGUGCAUAGCACAGGAGGACUCAGCAGAUAUGACCAGUGCUUUUACAGUACUGCAAUCGAACUGCAGAGUUUCAGGCACUCCCCUCAGCAUAUCGUCAUCGCAAUGGAUGGCCUUGGCUUCAGGCAUCACAUCAAGUAGCACGCCGACUGCCACAUCCUCCUCCUCCUCCUCCUCCUCCUCCUCCUCCUCCUCCUCAUCAUCAUCAUCAGCAUCAAAUGCAGCGAGCACAAGUUCGACAGCGACAUCUGGUACAGGCAAUUCUAACCAAAGUGGCAUCUCGUCUGGGGCCAAGAUCGGCAUCAUCGCCGGAGCUUCAGUAGCAGGAUUGGCAAUCUUGGCCGCAGCCGCCGUCUUCAUCGUUCGCUAUCGAAAACGACAGCACCAGUACGAUGAGGUGCAUCCUAUGAUGGCCAAUUCUCAAAACAGCCCAUUGGGCAGUGCAUAUGAAUCCAGCACUUUUCCAAGCCAGCACCCGGGCCAUGUGUCCUACGGGCCAUCCGAGCUAGACAAUGCUACGUCCACGAUGGACACCCCAAGGACUGAAAACACAUGGCUCACGUCAUCUGACGGCGCAGCGGUUCCAUGGUCACCAGGUGCGCUUGAGGCUGUCAAGGUCAAUGCGCGAUUGCAAAACCUCCACCAGGUCCCGCCACAAAAAGAAAUUUACGAGAUGCCAGCCGAGUCUACACAAGCAUCAUCGUUGGCCGUACCCCCAGCGGAGAUGCCCACGAUAUCAGUCACAUCACCGGCAGAGCUGGAGUCGCCAAGCUCUCGCUACUCUGGGACUGACCAGCCAUCCACAGCAUCUAAUCGGCCGGAAUGGUAUGAGCCCUACAGGCCACGAAGAGAUGCGUAA